AUAUGAGGUCUCCGGGGACCCCACACACACACACACACACACACACACUCUGGCCUGCACCACCACAGUUAACGGCCUCGAGUGUCCUAUCCUUCUACAGGUGAAUCUCUAACCUCACCGUGAACUCUGCCGCUCCAGCAGUGUGCUCUAAGCCUGCAGCAUGAAGGUGUUGAUUUCUGUGUUCCUGACGGUGACGCUGCUAGUGCUGUCUAUACACGCCCACCGCCACCUGCAUCGUGAGGGUGCUCAAUGUGGCGGUUCCUUUAGGAACAAAAUAGAAAUCAUUACAAAUUUGACGCUGGAGGAGUGCCAAUUAAAUGAUACAUCGAUCUGUCUAAAUAACCAAAUGACUUGCCUUAAAGAACUGAAGCAGGAAUUACCUUCAAAUAUAACAGCCUUCAAAAUCGAGACGAAAGAGAACAUAACUCUCUGUGCCUCCAAUCUCCAAAUUAACAUCACCCUCCCGGAUUCGUUUCUAUCCACCACCAGCUCCGAAGGAAACUUGUUUGGGGGAGGACGCGGGCCACAUGGACUCGGACGAGGCAGCCGACGAUUCCGCAGACAAUCAUGGAGCCGCCAAUACGGACGAUCACGGGGGCGCCAUCACGGACGACCCGAAAACCUCUUACGACUCCUGGGCAUCCCCGACGACCAGCUCCUGCCCAUGAUCUCCUGCCUGAUGGAGCUGAGCGGCUUAAUGGACACGUACAGAGUGUGUAUCAGCCAGUUCUAGCGGCAGGAGCAGCGCCACACCACACUGACGGAACUUGGUCUCACUAAGGAACGCAUCUAAAAAAGAACAUUCGUGAAUGCCGCUAAGGACUCCCUUUAUUUACUCUUUCAAGAACACCCAGAGGAGGAGUUCCCUGGGCUCUCUCUCGGCACCUUCAGCAGUCUUCCCACAAAACACAUCGUUCUUCGCUCGAGUCAAGAUAGUGACUGCAGCGGGUGUGAGCCGCCCGUAGUAGCCCCGACGCGAAAACCAGUGGACGGAGACACACACACACACACACACCCACACACACACACACACACACACACACACACACACACACACACACACACACACACACACACUUCCAACAACAUCAACAAGUACAAGAAGAACUAUCGAUAUUUUCAUCACCACUAUUCCCGGGUCUCUCGCAAGAUGAACCUUCCCUACUGUCCAGCACACACUAACACAUGGCUUGAAUUUCCAUGCAAUAAACUUUGGCAAACAAA